AUGAGCUCACGGUCGCGACGCGGUUGCUGGACCUGUAAGAGAAGACACAAAAAAUGUGACGAGAAACGACCCGUCUGUGAAAGGUGUGUCCAAGCGGGCAAGACCUGCGAGGGCUACAAGACACGUUUGACAUGGGGCUCUUCCGACACUGCAAGCUCAGCAGGGGGUGGUAUAGUCUUGAAACCAGUUCGUCCGCCACGCCAGAAGGGUAAUUCUUUACGUGAUAGUAGAAUGUGUCCUGUUGUUGAGAGCGUGGUCGACGAGUUGGUGGACUUGCCGGACUUUCCCUCAAUACAGUCGCCGGAUGACCUGGACCUGCUAUGUCUGCAAUUCGAAUCAUUCUCCGAGGGCUUGCCAGACGAGGAAGUCUCACAAAAGCUCAUGGACAGUUUUACCACUAUCGGCUACCAGACGAUAACAGGUCGUGCUGGACAUGAUACCAUGUUCAAGUCCGACAUUUUACCACUUUGUGAAGAAAGUAUCUCCCUUAAACACGCUUGCUUAGCAUACCAAGCAAGUCUUGAUAUCGAUACGAGCCACUUGACACCUCUGUACAUGCAAUCGGCUCUUUCAAACUAUCUUAACGACUUGGAAAAUCCAAGCAUGUUGCGCCAAGAUGUGACUUUGGCAACCGGGGUUCUAUUAUGCAGCGUCAGCAUAAACUCACUAUAUAUCUGGUCGCCGCUGCUGAAAGGCCUUCACGGAGUUCUUCAAGCGCGUGAGCUGCUAGAUGAUCCACAGCGACCCCCCGUGGCAAACCACCUCCUUGAAGCUGUUGGGCUUCUAGAUAUACCGUUCUUCACUCUGAAUAGGAUUACACCAUCACUGGAAAUAUGGAAAUCCUAUGUCCAACCUCACAAACACUCUGGUAUUGAGCAAACUUCAGGGAUACCUUAUAGUCUAAUGAACCUGCUAGCAAACAUGGACUCGACUACUAUCGAACAAGAUCUGUUGCAGUGGCCUGGAGAACUCGGCGAUGAGUUCGCACAGAUCCAUCUUUGGGAAGCGUUCCGACUUGCAGGUAUUCUUCACAGCCGUUGUCUGGCUGAUCAUCAGCAAGAUCAAACAAUGCCACCAAGAGCCAAUGUCAGCACCGAAAUAUUACGCAUGAAGGUGUUUGCAUCGAUCCAAGCAAUUAUCGGAAUCGGCACGUUCAAUUUUCGACUCUCACUCGCCAGGGCCAUAUUAUAUCCUCUUUUCAUAGCUGGCAUUUUGGCAGAAAACGCCCAAGAACAGCAACUGACUCGAGUGGCCUUCCAAUACAUAAUGCAAAAAGGGCAGGAGGGCACUGAGCAGAUAAUCAUGGAUAUAGUGGCAAAGGUUUGGAAGAAUGGCAAAGACGGAAAUGAAGCGUCCAAGUUGAUGAUAGCUACUGAGGCUACGGCGGAGCUGAAUGCUGAGAUUCAUCUUUAUUGA